CAUUCCUCUCACCGGGGGACAUCGCCUGAGGCAUCCCAAUUGUGCUCCUAGCCUCUCACAGCCAGAAGCCUAAUGGCAUCCCGCAACCUCUAUAAAGUCUUCAUUGGAAACCUUCCCUGGACAGUGGGUCACAGGGAGCUUAGGCAGCACUUCUCACAGUUUGGCUUCGUCACUAGCGCCAAUGUGGUGUUUGACAAGUCCAGUGGAAUGAGCAGGGGCUUUGGAUUUGUGCAGUUUGGCAACAGAAAUGGAUAUGACUCAGCAACCAGCAAGCCAACACAUUUCAUUGAGGGAAGCAUAGUUAAUGUACAGCCAACAUCAAAGUAAUUUAAAUGUGUGAACCAACAAAGUAAUUUAAAUGUGUGAACCAACAAAGUAAUCUUCAUGUUUGAACAACUGUAGUAUUACAGAUAUUGGUUUAGAUAUUUUUUGUAUUUAUUAGAUAGCUGAACAGAAAAUAUGGAUGACUUAGAAGAAUAUACAGCACCACCAGAGGGUGAGUUAGAAAGCUCCUUUUUAAAAGCA